CGUCGUUCUAUUUCCACGCACACAAAACCUAAAGAUGGCCUCCAUGACCAUGUCCGCCGCGUGCGCGCAGCCCCUUGCGGCCCGCAAGUUCCAGGGUUCCCGCGUCUCCGGGAAGUCCGUCGUUCGCGCUGCCAAGCGCAACGUUACCGUCAAGGCUGAGCGUGACGGUCCCGUCCUCAUCGGUCUCGCCGCUGACUCUGGCUGCGGCAAGUCCACUUUCAUGCGCCGCAUGACCUCCCUCUUCGGCGGCAAGGCCACCCCCCCCGAGGGCGGCAACCCCGACUCCAACACGCUCAUCUCCGACUCCACCACCGUGCUGUGCCUCGAUGACUACCACCUGAACGACCGCAAUGGUCGCAAGGAGUCCGGCCUUACUGCCCUCAACCUCAAGGAGCAGAACUUCGACCUCAUGUACGAGCAGACCAAGGCUCUCAUGGAGGGCAAGGCGGUCGACAAGCCCAUCUACAACCACGUCACCGGCGUGUUCGACCCCGCCGAGAAGAUCGAGUCCCCCUCCAUCCUUAUCCUCGAGGGUCUCCACCCCUUCGCCGACGAGCGCGUCCGCGACAUGUUCGAUUUCAAGAUCUACCUCGACAUCUCCGACGACGUCAAGUUCGCCUGGAAGAUCCAGCGUGACAUGGCCGAGCGUGGUCACUCCCUCGAGUCCAUCAAGGCUUCCAUCGAGGCGCGCAAGCCCGAUUUCGACGAGUUCGUCGACCCCCAGAAGCAGUAUGCCGACAUCGUGAUCCAGGUGCUCCCCACCCAGCUCAUCCCCGACGACAACGAGGGCAAGAUCCUCCGCGUUCGCAUGAUCAUGAAGGAGGGUGUCGAGAACUUCGACGCCCCCUACCUCUUCGACGAGGGCUCCACCAUUUCUUGGAUCCCCUGCGGCCGCAAGCUCACCUGCUCUUACCCUGGCAUCAAGUUCUUCUACGGCCCCGACACCUUCUUCGGCGAGGAGGUCUCCGUCCUCGAGAUGGACGGCCAGUUCGACAAGCUCGAGGAGCUCAUCUACGUCGAGUCCCACCUCUCCAACACCUCCACCAAGUUCUACGGUGAGAUCACCCAGCAGAUGCUCAAGUACCAGAACGGCCCCGGCUCCAACAACGGCACCGGCCUCUUCCAGACCCUCUGCGGCCUCAAGGUGCGCGAGCUCUACGAGCGCAUUUCCGAGAAGGAGGUCGUCACCGCCGCUUAAAUCUGCUGCACUGGGUGCUGGUGUUGGUUUAGUGGGUGUCUCGUGGCGAGAACGUCGUCUGGAUCAAAGGUUGGUGAGCUGCUGGCGCGAAAAUCCGACCAGAGUUCUCGAUAUGCUAUUAGGAGAGCUGAUGACGUCCUGCCAUGAGGGGGUGGCAGCUGCAAGUUGGGCAGCUACCACAUUGAACGGUGUAUAGACAAGUAGCGUCGUGUAUCCAACAACAAAUUCUUUCAA